GGCGAGACUUGGGCAAAGAGGAUAUUUCCUCUCUUUUUCCUCCUCUUUAACGGCUUUAUUUUCUUUAUACAGUAGUAUAUAACGUCGCUUACACGGUCAAUUUCGUUCUACUCUCUAGUUAGUUACGAAAUUCAGGACAUCUCGCUCGCAGCCUUUUAAAACAAAAAACCCAGAAAGCAAAAACCAACCAAAUUCAAACAUGGCUGACCAGACCUUCAACGAUAUCGAUGCCAAGGAGAUCUCCACCAACUGGGAGGAGUCCGUUAACUCGUUCGACGACAUGAACCUCGACGACGACCUGCUCCGCGGUAUCUACGCAUACGGUUUCGAGCGUCCCUCGGCCAUUCAGCAGCGCGCCAUUGUGCCCGUCCUCAAGGGCCACGACGUGAUUGCCCAGGCCCAGUCGGGUACCGGUAAGACCGCCACCUUCUCGAUCUCGAUCCUGCAGAAGGUUGAUCCCGCUCUGAAGAAGACCCAGGCCCUUGUCCUGGCCCCCACCCGUGAGCUGGCCCAGCAGAUCCAGAAGGUCAUUGUUGCCCUCAGCGAGUUCCGCAACAUCAACGUCCACGCCUGCAUUGGUGGUACCCGCAUUGCCGACGACCAGGCCGCCUUCAACGCCGGUGCCCAGAUCGUUGUCGGUACCCCUGGCCGUGUGUUCGACAUGAUCAACCGCGGUAUCUUCGAUACCAGCUCCGUCAAGCUCUUUGUCCUCGAUGAGGCCGAUGAGAUGCUGUCGCGCGGUUUCAAGGACCAGAUCUACGAGGUCUUCCAGCUCCUGCCCGCUGAGGUCCAGGUCGUCCUGCUCUCGGCCACCAUGCCCACCGACGUGCUUGAGGUCACCACCAAGUUCAUGCGCGACCCGAUCCCGCGAGGAGUUCAAGUUCGACACCCUGGCUGAUCUCUACGAGACCAUCAACAUCACGCAGGCCGUCAUCUUCUGCAACACCCGCAGAAAGGUUGACUUCCUGACCGAGAAGCUCCGCGAGCGCAGCUUCACCGUCUCCGC